GGCCCGGGGCGGCCGAUCGGGGACGCAGUGAGAGCUUCUUUCCAGCAGAGGGACAGGAGGAGCCCUGGGCACCCUCGGGCACACUCAUAUUUCCUGUUGGCAAGGCCCCGGUUCCCAGCCCAGGUAGCGGCUGCAGGGAAGGGAAGGGCCACGCAGCCAAGCCAGCCUUGCGCAGCGCGCAGAGUCCGCACCCUCCGAGCCGCAGCUGAGAUGCCUCGACAGUUUCCCAAGCUGAACAUUUCGGAGGUGGAUGAACAGGUCCGACUGCUGGCUGAGAAGGUGUUUGCCAAAGUGCUUCGAGAGGAAGACAGCAAAGAUGCCUUGUCGCUCUUUACGGUACCAGAGGACUGCCCCAUUGGGCAGAAGGAGGCCAAAGAGCGGGAGCUGGAGAAAGAGCUGGCUGAGCAGAAGUCGGUGGAGACGGCCAAAAGAAAGAAGAGUUUCAAGAUGAUUCGAUCCCAGUCUCUGUCCCUGCAAAUGCCAUCCCAGCAAGAUUGGAAAGGCCCCCCAUCGUCCAGCCCCGCCAUGUCACCUCCGACGCCUGUCCCCGCAGGAGCAACUUGCCAGGCAGCUCCCGUGUCAUUUGUUAUGCCCGAGUUUCAGCGCGUCACCAUCAGUGGGGAUUACUGUGCUGGGAUCACUGUCGAGGAUUACGAGCAGGCUGCCAAGAGUCUGGCCAAGGCCUUGAUGAUUCGGGAGAAGUAUUCGAGGCUUGCCUACCACCGCUUCCCAAGGACCACUGCCCAGUACCUGUGCCCUCAGAGGGCCGAGAAGUGGGGCCCCGGGGAAGAGGUAUAUCCAGAUUUCCACCCACCUCCAGAGCCACAUGAAAAUCCCUAUUGUCUGGACAACACGCCCCCAAACCUGGGCUAUGUGCUCAAGAUGCAGGGUGGUAUCCUCUUUGUGUACGACAACGAAGAGAUGCUGAAACGCAAGGAGCCCAGAAGCUUGCCAUACCCUGACCUGGAGACCUACACAGUGGACCUCAGUCACAUCCUGGCCCUCAUCACAGAUGGUCCAACGAAAACGUAUUGUCACCGGCGACUAAACUUUUUGGAAUCUAAAUUCAGCCUACAUGAGAUGUUGAAUGAAAUGUCCGAGUUCAAAGAACUAAAGAGUAACCCUCACCGAGACUUCUAUAAUGUGAGAAAGGUGGACACUCACAUCCAUGCUGCAGCCUGCAUGAACCAGAAGCACCUGCUACGCUUCAUCAAGCACACAUACCAGACGGAGCCUGACAGGAUUGUCGCGGAGAAAAGGGGCAGGAAAGUCACACUCAGGCAGGUGUUUGAUGGUCUUCACAUGGAUCCUUAUGACCUCACCGUGGACUCCCUGGACGUCCAUGCGGGCCGGCAGACCUUCCAUCGGUUUGAUAAAUUCAACUCCAAAUACAACCCAGUGGGAGCCAGCGAGCUUCGGGACCUAUACUUGAAAACUGAGAACUACUUAGGUGGAGAAUACUUUGCCCGGAUGGUCAAGGAAGUGGCUCGGGAACUGGAAGAGAGCAAAUACCAGUAUACGGAACCCCGCCUCUCCAUCUAUGGACGCUCCCCGCUGGAAUGGCUCAACCUGGCCAGGUGGUUCAUGAAUCACAAGGUCUACUCCCCAAAUAUGCGCUGGAUCAUCCAGGUCCCCAGAAUCUAUGACAUAUUUAGGUCCAAAAAGCUGCUUCCAAACUUCGGGAAGAUGCUGGAGAACAUCUUCUUGCCUCUUUUCGAAGCCACGAUCAACCCGAGGGAUCACAAGGAACUCCAUCUCUUCCUCAAAUAUGUGACAGGCUUUGACAGCGUGGAUGACGAGUCCAAACAUAGUGACCACAUGUUCUCUGACAAGAGCCCAAACCCGGACAUCUGGACCAGUGAGCAGAACCCCCCCUACAGCUACUAUCUGUACUACAUGUAUGCCAAUAUCAUGGUGCUCAACAACCUCCGCAAGGAGCGAGGAAUGAGCACCUUCUUGUUCCGGCCUCACUGUGGGGAGGCCGGUUCCAUCACACAUCUGGUCUCUGCCUUCCUGACUGCUGACAACAUCUCCCACGGACUUCUGCUCAAGAAGAGUCCGGUCCUGCAGUACCUCUAUUACCUCGCCCAGAUCCCCAUUGCCAUGUCUCCCCUGAGCAACAACAGCUUGUUCUUAGAAUAUUCCAAAAACCCUCUACGCGAGUUUCUGCACAAGGGACUCCAUGUCUCCCUCUCCACUGAUGACCCCAUGCAGUUCCACUACACCAAGGAAGCCCUCAUGGAAGAAUAUGCGAUCGCAGCCCAAGUAUGGAAGCUCAGCACGUGCGACCUGUGCGAGAUCGCUCGAAACAGUGUGCUCCAGAGUGGGCUGUCCCACAAGGAGAAGCAGAAAUUUCUGGGGCCAAAUUAUUAUAAAGAAGGACCUGAAGGAAAUGAAAUUCGAAAGACCAAUGUUGCCCAGAUCCGGAUGGCUUUUAGAUAUGAGACCUUAUGCAAUGAGCUGAGCUUUCUGUCAGACGCCAUGAAGUCAGAAGAGAUCACGGCUUUGAUUAAGUAGGUUUGGUGUUGGGACACGGCCCUGGCAACUGAUGUGGGGGAUGCUGGUCAAGGGGAGCCUGCUCAGGACCAAGUACGGCCUCCCUGCGAGUAGAGGCUUGGGAUGCCGCUCAGGAGCCUCUCCCUCUGACCUCGAGUCUCCCCAUUCUAUCAUACCCAGCACCGAGGCCGCACUGAGGCAAGGCACCAUCUGCGUGCCGUGGGGCCUGGGGGCUGCCUCGGGGAGCUGGGCUUCUGUUUGUACUUUUUUCUUUGUUUUCCACUUCUCAGCAGACGGCCAGUCCUUGCAUGAAGGGGGUCGUAUUUUCUACUGUCAGAGGCCAACUGACUCUGGUCCUAAAUGACAGGUGGAGUAAGAUGUACCCACUCAGUUUCAACACUAGGAGGCCUGGGUUUGCUUUGUUUUUUAAAAGCUUUUUUUUACUAAAUGUUUUUGUUCAGGUUUACAUGCACCAUUCUAAGCAUCCACGUAUGGGAUCCCAGAAUAGAACAGCAAUGUGCUAUAGGGAUAAUCUAGUCCGACUCUCUGAUCUUACAGAUGAGGGGGCUGCGGACUAAAAGAGGUGAGGAUUUGCUGAAGG